CUGCAUACUCCAUGAGGGCCACUCCCCAUCAAAAGGCGUCUCCCCUGCUUCCGCGUAGCCUUCCCGACCACCAUGGAGACGACCACCAUCUUCUCUCCUUCUCCCCUCUUCAACCCCAAGCCCCUCUUCUCCAAGCCACUCUACCCAUCUUCAUUGGCGCCUAAAAGAACUCCCCAUUUCUCCCCAUGUAAAGCCACCCUCACCUCUAAUGGGAAGCAGCUUCUUCCCACACUACAGUUGCCGCAACUGAACCCCAAAUCUUGGUUCUCAAAUCUCAACCAUGGCCUGGCUGCAUUUGCACUCUCGAUGGCCAUCAGCUUCUGCCCUGGGUUGCCUUCUGACACUGCACUAGCAUCAGAAUUCGACGUCAUCAAUGGCGGCCCACCCACCGAAUCCUAUGUGGUUGACGAUGCCGGAGUGCUGAGCAGAGUCACCAAGUCUGAUCUGAAGCGCCUUCUCUCUGAUCUGGAGUCCAGGAAGAACUUCCGCAUCAAUUUCAUCACUGUCCGGAAACUCACGAGCAAAGCUGAUGCCUUCGAGUAUGCCGACCAAGUUCUUGAAAAAUGGUAUCCAACCAUCGAGGAAGGCAACAAUAAAGGGCUUGUUGUUCUUGUUACAUCUCAAAAGGAGGGGGCCGUCACUGGUGGCCCCAAGUUUAUUGAAGCAGUGGGGGAAAGUAUUCUGGAUGCUACUGUGUCCGAAAAUCUGCCUGUCUUAGCUACGGAAGAGAAAUAUAAUGAAGCUGUGUUUAGCAGUGCCAAGCGUUUAGUGGCUGCCAUUGAUGGAUUGCCAGAUACUGGUGGCCCGAAGUUCAAAGACAACAAAAGAGAAUCAAAUUUUAAGACUAAAGAAGAGACCGAAGAGAAACGUGGGCAGUUCACUCUAGUGGUGGGAGGUUUGCUUGUAAUUGCUUUUGUAGUUCCAAUGGCUCAAUAUUAUGCUUAUGUGUCCAAGAAAUAGGAAGGCUUUGUGCAAAAAGAGCAAACCACUGUAUAGUUUUUUUCUGUAUUGCAUGUGAUCGAUCCAAUUUUUAUAAUUGUGACGAUAAAUUCAACAAUCA